AUGUCAUAUAGCGGUAAUGUAACAUCUACAACCACUGUACCGCCUAGCGGCACAGCACCGCGCACGGUUAUCGUCCAAGUCCCAGCAAGCUAUGUGACGACGACAGCUGGCUAUACGGGCACUGUUAAGACGACAACGACGGUUUCACCCAGCGGGACGAGGCCAGGGACAGUGAUUGUCCAGACACCGCUCGCAACCUUGAAUUGCGAUCCCUCGGGAUAUCUGAUUCAGUCCAAGUCCCUAUACAGGGUCAAUAUCACCAACGAAAACACCACCCUAGUGAAGAUCGGCCUUGGCGACGGCACUCGCACCAUAAACGCCAUGGGCUACAACAUCGCCGACAAUUUCCUGUACGCGGCUAUCGGCACUGCACCGACAACAAAUUUAAAUUUGAUCCGCAUCUCUGCUGACGGCACUUCCAACAUCCUCGGGUCUCUGAAUGUAACCUACGCCGUCAACUCGGGCGACGUGGACGGCAACUCUCAGUACUGGGCCACGGCAGGCGGCAGUCAAUGGUUACAAGUUGACCUGAUGCCCGGAUCGUCGACCUACGGCAUGACGCUGGCUAACGGUGAUGCGCUUUACGCCCUCGCCUACGCCCCGCAAUAUACGGCCACGAUUCUCGUGCGGUUCGACCGCACGACCCAUGUGUGGACGCAGUUGACCAACUUUGGCAAUAUCGCCGGGGAAAAUGCGUGGGGAGCCGUCUACGCCAGCGACGACGGCUUUCUGUACGGAUCCCGAGAACAUCAGCGGCCAGAUCUGGCGGUUCCCCCUUCCGGCAAACGGCACGACCCCCGUACUGUUCUCCACGAGACCCGCAGCGAAUAG